AUUUUGAACCAAUAUGUACAAAUCAAAGAGAUUCACAAAAGAUUUAGAAGCACAGAAGUUGGCAGAAGCCAUUAAGAUGCAAAUCGUUUGUCAAGAUCAUGAAGACGAUCACGCCUUGAAGAAAAAAUGAAGUAUGAGAAUUAAACAAGCGAGAGAGGAAAACCAAAUACAAUUUUUGGAAAAUUUGUUCAGGAUUUUAAAAUUUAGCCCUGCUAUUACUACAAAUCAGGUCAAACUCAAAUCUGCUAAGUUUAUCAAAGAUGAAGUAUAUGACAUCUUUUAUCAGAAGAGAAAAUCAUCUAAAAAUAGGCUCCUUGAAAAACGUUUAGAGGAAAAUUACAUCUCUAACCCUGAAAAAGUGGAUGACGAAGAAGCACUGCAGAGACAAUGUCGGGAGAAAAUUAUUUUUACCAUCGAGAUGAUCAAAAAUUGCAUUUUCAGUCAGAAUGUUGUGAUUGAGAUUAAAAUUAUUCUUGCAAAAACUUUCGAGAUUAUUGCAAGCAAUUACCCUUCGAUUUGGCAAGAUUUUAUACCUUAUACUUUAGAAGUAAUGCAGUAGAAG